AACGUCUGCAAGGGCUGUUUAGCUUAUCCUGUUUCGCAGCCAGAGGACAUUUCUCCCUGCACUAACCCACCUGUUUUGUUUUUUCUUCUCCUGCAAGCUGCUCUCAGGGUUGAACCAGGGGCUCCGUACCGGCUGUGACACAGUGCGUCCUCCUCCAGGCAGGGCAUGGCAGCAAGCACGGGCAGUGGCGGGACAGCGGCGGCGGCGACCGGGGAGCCAGCUCACGCGGUGUCCCUGCUGCGGGGGCUGAGCGCACUGCGAGCGGAGCGGAGCCUGCUGGACGUGACUGUGGUGGCGGGCGGGCGGGAGUUCGGGGCCCACCGUGCCGUGCUGGCCGCCGCCUCCGGCUACUUCCGCGCCAUGUUCGGCGGGGCGCUGCGGGAGGCGCGGGCUGAGCGCGUGCGGCUGCACGGUGUGGAGCCUGAGUGCCUGGCUCGCCUCCUCGACUUCGCCUACACUGGCCGUGUGGGCGGGCUGGGCCCCGACAUCGCCGAGCGCCUUCUGCGUGCCGCCGACUUGCUGCAGUUCCCUGCCGUCAAGGAGGCGUGCGGUGCCUGGCUGGCGCGCCAGUUGGAGCCCGCCAACGCGCUGGACAUGCAGGACUUCGCCGAGGCCUUCGCCUGCCCCGCGCUGGCGGCCGCCGCGCAUCGCUUCGUUCUGCGACACGUGAGCGAGCUGGGUGCCCAGCUGGAGCGGCUCCCACUGCCGCGCCUGCUCUCCUACCUGCGCGAUGACGGGCUCUGCAUCCCCAAGGAGGAGGCCGCCUUCCAGCUGGCACUGCGCUGGGUGCGUGCCGAUCCCGCCGCCCGCGCCCCGCUGCUGCCCCAGCUCCUGGCGCACGUCCGUCUGCCCUUUGUGCGCCGCUUCUACCUGCUGGCCCAUGUGGAGGGCGAGCCACUGGUGGCCCGCUGCCCGCCCUGUCUGCGCCUCCUCCGCGAGGCCCGCGACUUCCAGGCUGCCCGCCUUGACCGCCACGACCGCGGGCCCUGUGCCCGCAUGCGGCCCCGGCCCUCCACCGGCCUCGCCGAGAUCCUCGUCCUCGUCGGUGGCUGCGACCGCGACUGCGACGAGCUCGUCACUGUCGACUGCUACAACCCACGCACCGGCCACUGGCGCUACCUGGCCGAGUUCCCCGAGCAUCUGGGCGGGGGUUACAGCGUCGCCGCGCUGGGCAAUGACAUCUAUGUCACUGGGGGCUCGGAUGGGUCAAGGCUGUACGACUGCGUCUGGAGAUACAACUCCAGUGUGAAUGAGUGGACAGAGGUGUCCCCGAUGCUGAAAGCCAGAGAAUACCACAGCUCCACGGUGCUGGACGGGCUGCUGUACGUCAUCGCCUCCGACAGCACGGAGCGCUACGACCACUCGGUGGAUAGCUGGGAGGCUCUGCAGCCCAUGCUGUACCCCAUGGACAACUGCUCCACCACCUCGUGCCGCGGCAAGCUGUUCGCCAUCGGCUCUCUCUCUGGCAAGGAGUCCAUGGUUAUGCAGUGCUACGACCCCGACAGUGACCUCUGGUCCCUUGUCAACUGCGGCCACCUGCCUCCGUGGUCCUUCGCGCCAAAGACGGUGACUCUCAACGGGCUCAUGUACUUCAUAAGAGAUGACUCAGCUGAAGUGGAUGUUUACAAUCCAGUGAAAAACGAAUGGGAUAAAAUCCCUGCCAUGCUUCAGGUUCACGUUGGGGGGAGCGUGGCCGUGCUAGGCGGGAAGCUCUACGUCUCUGGUGGCUACGAUAACACGUUUGAACUCUCAGACGUCCUGGAAGCGUACGACCCUGAAACGCGAACGUGGAGCGUGGUGGGCCGACUCCCUGAGCCCAUCUUCUGGCACGGCAGUGUCAGCAUAUUCCGACAGUUCAUGCCGGAAACCACGCAGGAGGAUGACAGCAUCACACUGGACAACACCAUCAACUUGAACAGGCAGCGCCAGAACCUUCACAGCCAGAACCUUAACGAGCUUCGUUAGCAGGGGGGUGCACUGUCCCUGGCUCGAUGCGAGUUCAUUAUCCAGAACCAGUGUUGCUUUGAGAGAAGACAGAGGCAAAUUGGUGCUUGGAAACAAACACAUACACUGAUCAGUAGAGGGAGUAAAAAUUUUGAAUGUUUGAAAUGCUGUUGUAGAAACCUAGCUGGCAGAACACGAGGCCUCCGGGCACAGCGGUCCUCAGUCCUUCUCUGUGGAGGCAGAAGGCGCAGCACUACUCACAGAGAAGACCUGAGAGGCAAGCUCUGAAGAAAACAAUUGUGUUAAACAACACUGCAGCAUCACGACUUACAGCUUUUGGUCAGAUGCCUUUCACUUUGAGCUCCUUCACCCUGUAACGCUUUGUUUGUCACCAAAUUCCUUUCUUCAGUUUCUUCCUAUGGAGAGAAAAAAAGGAACAGAAGGAAAUGGGCAGGACCACCCCCCGAUGGCCUGAGCCUCCUGCGGCGGGAGGGGUCUGUCUGAAGGACUGUGGUCUGCACCCUGCCCCUCUGUUGUGUGCUUCAGAGGGAGACAGGCCUCUCGCACACCUUCCUCUGUGUGGUUAGAGGGGAAGAGACCUUCCUGAAUGAGAGGUUACUGUGAGUGUAGCCCUUCCUGUCAUGUCACCAUAGCCCUUGGCUCCUGCUCAUGCCCUCGGAAAGGUGUCUGUGUAGCAGGGAUCUUAGAGAGUCUGGGUUACGAAGCUUUGCCUGUCCCGUUGUCUGAACUUAGUUCUUCGUGUAUUUUGUUGUUUUUAAGUUUUGUCAUUGAAACUUCUGCAGGUGUUUCUUUUCCCAUCCUUCCUAGAACACUUUUUUUCUUUUUUUCUUUUUCUUUUUUUUUCUCAGAACACCUUUAUUUAUCUUUUAAUCAUAUUGUUACAAUUAGGGUGCCUUCAUUUGUGGUCACCCAAACUGCACUGUUCUUUAAAGGGAAAAGUGAACCCCCCUCAGCUGGCUUGUGGAGUGACUUCUAGGGCUCGUGGCUCAUGCCAGAGCCAGGAAGGAGCCUUCCUUCUCCUUUACUGUUUUGACAGAAUUUGUUCCAAUGGGGUUGUUCAGCUUGGGGCUGAACAUAGCAGAAAACAUCUGUGUGGCUUGUUCUGUGACUAGUUCUUGUGACUAACAGAAUUUACUGUCAAUUCUUCUAUACCAGGCGAUCAGCACGUGCUGUAUCGGGCAGGUAGGCGAUGUGUAUGGAGGGCAAGUUCUUAUUCCUUCACAGUUGUAAAGGAGCCAGGUUGGAAUUCUGCUAUUUUAGAAGAAAUAAAAAAAGAUUGCCCAGAAAGGUAAGCACAACUUCCCUAAAAGAUUUGCCACAGGUUUGUAGAAGAAAAGCUGGGGGUGUUUAGACACCGUGGUGCAGAAAUGCAUUAGUCGGUAUGAGGCAACCUGCUGAACCCUUGGAGAGUUCUCGUGCCUGUCUCAUCUUCACUUUGCAGAAGCUCUUGGAAUCUGAGUAAUUGGAAAAUGCUGCUGAGGUCAUUUGGCAAAGGUGUAGCAGUUAGCAAGAGUGUUGUGGAUUGAAAGUUAGUUAUUUUAGGGUUUUCUUUUUGUGUGCGUGUGUGUGGCACGUGUAGGAUUUGCCUUUAUACUUGCUCAAGUGACCUAGGUAGCGUGAAUUAUAUUUCCUCAAUAUACCUUCAGCUGAAGAGAAGCUGCUUGCAGUUUACUUGUGGAAUGUUUAUUGAAAAAGAAAACAGUUAAAGACUGCAGUAUGGCCCAUCUGAAUAUGGGCACUACUUCCAGAAAACUGUAGUGUAAUAGUGGCUGAAAUGGUGGCUAGAUUUGCUCUUUCUUCUGCCUUUGGUUUUUAACCAAUAGGAAAAAAAA